GCCCCAAUAUUCUAGAAUCGAAUGCGCUCAAUUUUGCGAAGUCAUUGUGAGGAAGUUACAAUUUUUAGCACAUAGUUUAGUGUAAACUAAAGGGGGGAAUGGAGGAAAUAGGAAUUAUCAUUCCUGAAAAGCAGGAAGAAACUUUUACCACAGAACCACGUAUUACUAGUGGCUGUACUCUUUCUGCGACUGAUGAACUGGAUUUGGAAGAUUUGUAUACCAAGUACAAGAAACUUCAACGACAACUGGAAUUCUUAGAAGUUCAAGAAGAGUAUAUAAAAGAUGAACAGAAAAACCUGAAAAAAGAAUACCUCCAUGCUCAAGAGGAAGUAAAAAGAAUUCAGAGUGUACCUUUAGUUAUUGGACAGUUUCUUGAAGCAGUCGAUCAGAAUACUGGAAUAGUGGGUUCUACUACAGGAUCCAACUACUACGUCCGAAUUCUGUCCACAAUUGACAGAGAACUUCUUAAGCCAAGUUCCAGUGUAGCUCUUCACAAACACAGCAAUGCUUUGGUUGAUGUGUUACCACCAGAAGCAGAUAGCAGCAUUGCCAUGCUGCGUCCAGAUGAGAAACCCGACGUGUGCUACUCAGAUAUCGGAGGUUUGGAUAUACAGAAACAAGAGAUCAGAGAAGCUGUGGAGCUCCCUCUUACCCACUUUGAACUCUACAAACAAAUUGGGAUCGACCCUCCUCGUGGGGUUCUUAUGUAUGGUCCCCCUGGUUGUGGAAAGACCAUGUUGGCAAAGGCUGUAGCACAUCAUACUACAGCUGCUUUUAUAAGAGUUGUUGGGUCUGAAUUUGUUCAGAAAUACCUCGGUGAAGGUCCAAGAAUGGUGAGAGACGUUUUUCGACUAGCUAAGGAAAAUGCUCCUGCUAUUAUUUUUAUUGAUGAAAUUGAUGCCAUUGCUACGAAACGCUUUGAUGCCCAGACUGGAGCUGACAGAGAAGUUCAGAGGAUUCUUCUCGAACUGCUCAAUCAGAUGGAUGGUUUUGAUCAAACAACAAAUGUGAAGGUGAUAAUGGCAACCAACAGAGCAGACACCCUUGACCCCGCAUUGUUACGACCUGGCCGACUAGACAGAAAGAUAGAAUUUCCCAUGCCAGACCGGCGACAGAAGAGAUUAAUCUUUUCCACGGUCACUGCAAAAAUGAACUUGAGUGAAGAAGUUGACCUGGAGGACUAUGUAGCUCGUCCAGAUAAGAUCGCGGGAGCUGACAUUAACGCCAUCUGUCAGGAGGUGCGUGAAGCAUUUUUGUCUGCUUGCUUGUUUUGUGUUAGCUCUUGUGCUUCGUAAUGAAUACAAAUUUCGAGGAGCAAUCCAUAGACUGUCUUAAACUUCCUUGAGACUAUAGGAUACUUAUAUUCUAUUACAUCAAUAGUAUUAGAUUUGGCUUUAAGUCUUAAUUUGAAAAAAACUCAUUUUGCUAAAUAUUAUUAUUAAUAAGAGAGUUCUACCCACGUGGCUUAAAAAAACAUAGUAGUUAAAGUGCAGUCAAAGAUAUGAAUGGAUAUAACCUACCUGAAUGAUAGUUUUGAAAAUUGUUAUUUUGGUAUAUAAAACAAGGUAAAUGUUUAACACGUCAUUUGGCUUUCAAGCAGAAUCUCUAUUUAUGUAAAACAAAGUAAACAUUUAACACGUCAUUUGGCUCUCAAGCAGAAUCUAUUUAUGUAAAACAAGGUAAACGUUUAACACGUCAUUUGGCUCUCAAGCAGAAUCUCUAUUUAUGUAAAUCAAGGUAAACGUUUAACACGUCAUUUGGCUCUCAAGCAGAAUCUAUUUAUGUAAAACAAGGUAAACGUUUAAUACGUCAUUUGGCUCUCAAGCAGAAUCUCUAUGUAAAACAAGGUAAACGUUUAACACGUCAUUUGGCUUUCAAGCAGAAUCUCUAUUUAUGUAAAACAAAGUAAACAUUUAACACGUCAUUUGGCUCUCAAGCAGAAUCUAUUUAUGUAAAACAAGGUAAACGUUUAACACGUCAUUUGACUCUCAAGCAGAAUUUAUUUAUGUAAAUCAAGGUAAACAUUUAACACGUCAUUUGGCUCUCAAGCAGAAUCUAUUUAUGUAAAACAAAGUAAACAUUUAACACGUCAUUUGGCUUUCAUGCAGAAUCUCUAUGUAAAACAAAGUAAACAUUUAACACGUCAUUUGGCUUUCAAAGAGAAUCUCUAUUUAUGUAAAACAAAGUAAACAUUUAACACGUCAUUUGGCUUUCAAGCAGAAUCUCUAUUU